AUGACAUCGCUGUCUGUUGGUCAAGUCUCGGCGUUGAUUGCUGCAGGCACUACUUCACCAAUCCCGCUCAUCCUCAUCGCUUUCAUCAACAAGCGGGAUGAUCAAGUACAGCAGACCGCUGUCACAUGGUCUACGCUCAGUCGAACCCUCCACUCAACAUACUGGCCAACAAUUCUCAGCUCGGAUUCGUCAGCGAGUAAGAAUGUGAACCCUGCAGUUGUCGCCGCAGUCUACUUGGGCAUCUUCACAACAGUUCUAGUCGCUGUGACUGCCGUCAUCACGCCCCUUGGUCUUUAUGAUGCAAUGCUAUCCAGUAAACCUCAAAGAGUGCCUUUCAGCUACGCGCAAGAUCUGACACCCUUCGGAUAUGAAAGUCUUCCUAGGAAUGAUAUGGGCUUUAAUCGUAUCUGUGGAAGCCCGGAAGGAUCGAUGAGUUGUCCCGGCUCAAACUUCUCUGUCUUCCGAGAACUCUACACUAGUUCUGAUAAUUUUACCUUCAAUUGGAGUUGGACAGAUGGCUACUACUACACUAACAUCUCUUUGGAGACACAGAACCUAUGGGCAAGUGGCCUAGACGUAAUGGAAAGGAGUGUGUCCAGUAUGUUCGAUAUUCAGUGGCGUUCCUAUGAGAUCAGACAGCAGAAUCUAUCAAGCAUGUUCACUAGGUACAAUGAUAUCUCUUCAUCUACUGAGAAGUACUACGACAAUGGAUCACCAUACCUAGUGGGAGGAUACCGGCCGAUACAAGGCUUACUUCCAAGCAAUGGAUUCAAAAUUAUUGAAGGGCUGGUGGUCGAUUUGGAAAGAGUUGGAAUUGGUUUUCGUAACCACACUAUUCCCUCUCAGAUUUCUCAUGAAGUCACAUGGACAGAAGAUAUUCUGUUCAUUGUGCCCGAAACAAGUUGCGUCGAUAACAAUCUAACGAUCGAUUACGAUCUCAAAGAAGACGAUACACUCCACACAUUGGUAUCUGGUGGCAUCCUACGGCUGACAGAUCGUGGCGGAUUCGCAGAUCUGAACAGUACAGUCAACCUGGAAGGCAUUCACACCAUGAACAGCUCACAAGACAGCAUCUAUCUCCAUACUAGAGCACUAUUUGCAGCUGGAUAUAGCAACGCAUUAACCAUGAUUUAUAUGAAUUUGACGGACAAAGAGCGCGGCCUGAAAGAAUUCAGGAUGUACGAACAGGCGCCAGUCGGAACAUCAUACCUUCUUGAAGAUGAGUCGAACACAACUUCAUUCAGCGGAAGCGGUGGGAAAACGGCCAAUUCCAUCCCGAAACCAGGGAGAAUUGCUCUUCGUAGGCUUGGUCAACAUUUAGAGCUCCCUUCGAAGACCGACAUCGCCAGAAACUCCACGUUCUUCUUGAACCAUAACCAGAUCUACACGAAUCCUCAUAAUGUCACAACGGAUGCUUUCGAAUACUUCGAGGAUGUUGCUCAGGGACGCGUAGAUUCAUGGUCUUUAGCAAACAUUUCGAAUAUCGCGAUAGCCACGGGUACCCUUUACCCUCCACCGAGACCUAUGGGACGAGACCUGAACCCUUUUGAUCUUGGCAAGCCCGGAGACGCAUGGACACAACGAGUUUACACCUGUGCAUCGGCUUCCCGAGCUACUAUCAAAACUGUUACAUUUCUAUAUAAUGGUAACGGAGGCCUAUCAGAUCUGCGUGUCAUCAAUGUGACGGAAAAGACCUAUCCUAAUACAUCAUUCAUGCCCAUCUGGGGAGUGGAAGACUCUGGUAUUACUUAUAGGGAUAUAAAACCAUUUUGGGGUCUAUUAAACCCGAAAUUCGCAGAAAGGUCUAACAUUUCAUCUAUUCAGAGGGAGUCACUAUGGCUUCCUGGAUAUACUGGGCGCUUUUUGUCCUCAGUUGUAGACUCCAAGAUGAACAUACCAGAAGCAAGCUUUUACAGCACUAUCAUGCAAUAUAUCUAUGCAGAGCUAUUCAGCGACACAGCACUUGAAUCUGUAGAGAUCCAUGACUACUCAGGGUAUGGUCAAUUCGCCCUAUAUCAAAGGUGGCUUGAACUUGGACGGACAGCUACACGGUCUGCAGACAUUAUCAACCUGAUAUGGACAGACAUCGCUGCAAACGCUGUAGUUGGUACUCGAUCCUGGUUGGCUAAGUCGCCAGGUUCAGCCACAUCUGUAUCUCAAGACCAGAACAGUCCGCAUGAGGUACCCCACGUCAUUCUGAUGCAACGAAGCACGAAGUACAAUAUUGUCUACGCGGUACCAGCAAUGUUGUUGCUGUUGCUGACACUCAUCAUAAGUGUCGCUACAAUCAUACUUCUGCUUUUGCAGCGCACUGGGUUGGAUAGGAUGAGAUGGUUCCUUAAUCAAACCUCGUUGGGACGCAAUCUUACAGCGCUUUUAUAUCCAGAUGUUAGCUCACAGCAGUCUUCACAGAAAACAUGGGCGAAGAACGAUGCACAUAGGGUAAUAACUGUGGCUCCAGAUAAACCGUACGCUGGCAACCAGGUGGAAAAUGAGACGAGCCCUCAGUCCAAAGAAGACAUGACAGUCUCGCAGUGUUUGAUGAAUGAGGGUGACAAUGAGCGUCUGGAACAAUAG